AUGUCCGGAGUCGGCGAGGCUCUUGCCAUUGUCAGUUGCGUCGCCGGGCUGAUCCAGGCCUACGAUGCCGGCAGCCGCAUUGUCAGGCAAAUCAAGGCUCGUCGUCAGGCCCACGAUGCCCUUCCACCUUCAGACCUCCUCGAAGAAUCGAUGGAAAAGGGCAAAAGAGAGAUAGAACAGGUGGUCGCAAACGGUACUGAACGGUUCGGCUCGAGUUUCGAGGAAGGUGAUACAACCGCGCAGCUCGCCCUGUACAAAAUCACGAUUGUUACCCAAAAUGCGUUGUUGGCUGGCCUCGCCGAGGCUCGAUACGACGAUGAUGUUAUCGACUUCGACACAUGCAUCGAUAAAGCCGAUAAGGGACGGGUCGACGCCCUCCUUGCAUUGAAUGCGUUGCUUCAGCGCAAAUAUGACCAGGAUAUAGAGAGGAAGAUGAAUCUCCCUCCGAACCAGCAACAGCAGCAUCAGGCACAACUACCACCACCAUCACCGCAACCGCAGCCGCAGCCGCAGUCGCAACCACAGAAUGUCCUACCGCCUUCCACAACUUCCACCUUGUCGGCUCAAAUGGUGACUCAUCCCAGCGCAAAGCUACAACAGACACCCCCGACACCACCAGUCGCAAAGGGCAACAAAUGGGGAACGGUCAGGGAAGUCUUCGGUCGGAAAGAGAGCAGUCGACCAUCUACAACGCCUACGCCGAUGGAGACGGUCCCUCAGGCUAGCAGACUUGAUCCGUCUCCCCGAUCAUCCCAGCAGGACAUGAUCUCGCAGAGUCCCCGACGAAACACCGGUGCCUCCACCAGCUCCAGUGCCACCUGGUCGAGUGCGGAAAGUCGAAAUUCCACUGCUGCAUAUGACAACGCCGCGUUCGGGGUGCCUGGACCCAGCGGUCGGUCGGAUAGUGGCUUUUCAUCCAUCACGGCGGCCUCGCGGCAGAACACAGUUCUUUCCAGUAUGUCAAGCAUGUCCACAGCCACCACCAUUGCGCCCAUCACCAAGUAUGGCGGCUUCUGCAAAAAUGCAUAUGAGCUCCGGGAGGGGUCGUUGAAAAAGGGACUCUGGUUGGUUCCGGUCGGGUUCUAUGGUACCCAGCGGGUCUACAAAUGUGCGAGCAGUAAAUGCCACUUUUCGGGACCCGCUGUACAUGACAAGAAGGGGUAUCGAGUGAACGAUAAGAUCUUUAUGAAUGCAUCCGGGCUCCAGUACCGCUGGCUCUUCCUGGCGAAGUCGCAUAUGCAGCAACAAGAGCAAGUCGACCCGUCGUUCCGAUGUCUCGUGUGCUCGAUAGUCGGAGAUGAUUCGGGUAUUUAUCAAGGACACGGUGUCUUGCUUGCCCACCUUAUCACCCAUCAAGGAGCACGUCUGGGUGGCACGCGACUCGAGGGGCCGCUGGUCUUCACCAACCUCGGGGUCAAUCCGGCUCUGGAUGAUCAGUUCGACAUCAAAUUCCCAACAGCUGAGGCACGGUUGCCCUUCGACCCUGGUGCGGAAGAAGGAGCAGCAGUUGUGGUGACUGGGAGAAUCCCUGACGGACCCAAUUUCGGCGUCAAUGAGUCGUCGAAGGUGCGCACCAUAGUCUCGGCCAAAGCGCCGACGGCGUUUGCUUAUGAGGCCGAUGACAAUCCAUGGGCAUGA